AUGGCCGAUUACCUUCUUCCACCAAGCCCUUCGCAUCUGCCAGGCUCGUGCACUGGCAAACGACUCGCAAUCCUCCCGAGGUCGAUAAGUUGCAAUCACUCAUGUCCUGACCACUGCGGUUGCAUCUACGCCAAGCUGGACUAUGUUAUGGUGAUUGGUACCGACGCCCACGAGCAAAUCCCGCAGGGUGCCAGUGCUUUUGCACCGGAAAGUCCCUUGACGAACGGAACGAUUGACAGACCGGCGGAAAAUCACAUGAAGUCAUGGCAACUGAACUGCAAGGUGCAUGUGUAUCAAGGCCGUAUCUAUUCCGGUUUCGAUGAAACGGAAUUAUGCAAUGUGAAGUUGACGGUUUCAUUCGAAAAUUACCAUUCGAGUCUCAUUGCAUUUACUAAAACCGUUUCUCCGUGUUGGAAUGAAACGAUGCAGUUUAUAAAUGUUCCUUAUAUGGAUUUAAAAGUCCAAUCAAGCGAACAACAACACGAACAAAGGUGCACAAUAAUGUGUAUCUUGCAAGCUGAGGGAAAGGAAACGACUACAAUAGGAAUUGGCUGGAUAGAAUCAGACAUUAUUGAUAGAACCGAAAUGGUUGACGAGCUUCCGUCGGUAGAAUCAACCAACUUCAGCCAUCUUUUGCGAACUACCUUACGGUGGGUUCCAUUUUACAAAAUGGGAGUUCGAACUGCUGAAGUCCUGCUUUCAAGCGAGGUUGUUAAGGCUCCUUCAUCGAUGAGCAAUCGUGACUCGGAUGCUGACAUCUUGGUCACUCCUGGUUUAACACAAGCAAUUGCUCCAACAAUGUAUCUCUAUCAAAUGGAAAUAUUAUUUUUCGGAUUGCGCCAAUUGAACUUCAAAAUGCGUCCGGAAGAAUAUAAAUCAAUUAUGAAGGUCAUGAUUGGGGAAAUUGAUUUGUGCAGCGGGGUCUCCGGUGUUUGCUAUGGAGGGAGUACAAAUUUUCCCGCCGAGAAGAUAACAUGCACCUUGCACCUUCCGUCAAAUUCGCAUUACUGGCCUCUUAUUGUGAUUAAGCAUCUUGAUUACUCCGAUGUGAAUCGAAACAAAACGAUUGGAGUGGCUAUCAUCAACCACUCGGAUGUAUCCAUUGUCUAUCCAAGGCAACGAUCCGUAGCUCGCUCUGUUAAUUCCACCAUCGUUGAUCUUGUAGACGAUAAUACCAAUCCCUCGCAUGCGACGAAUGUCCCUUACCAACUUUCCGAUAAUCUUCUCACACAUUUGACGAAGGUUGUUUCGGUUUGGCAAACCCCUUUUCAAAAUCUACGAAAUCUGAAAGAGCAAACUGCUCCAACACAGAAAAAUAUUUCAACCGAUGAAGGUACCUGGUGGACGAGUUUUUAUAAAAGUCUUGUACCAGAAGAUUGCCAUGAACCAAUGGUGAAGAUUUACACUACCGAGCUUGAAAAAGAUCCUAAAUUCAAUGGAUUCAGGGAUUGGAGUGGAAGUUAUCCUUUGUACAAAGUUAAAAAUAGUAAAGAAUUGCAGCGGAAAAAAGCAAUGUAUGGAGUCUUAAAGUGUAAAAUUACAUUCACUCCUAUUAAAGAAACACCUGCACAACAAGCAAUCGACAUUGAAAACGGAACGUCAAGAAUUCGCGAACCUGUGGAAGUAACCGUUGUCGUCUACGUUGUGCAGGCUCUGAAUCUUACCUCUCGGGACAUCGCAUCGGAGUCAGAUGCAUACAUUGUGUUAACAUACGGCAAGGAGUGCGUUCGGGACCGGGCGUACUACAUUCCGAACCAGUCAUCUCCGGUGUUUGGGAGACGUUUUGAAAUGCGCGGACUUUUACCAAGGGAUCAAAUUCUACAUCUCUCGAUAUACGAUCGGGACUUUACCUCGCCGGACGAUUUAAUCGGCAGCACUUGCAUCGACAUCGAGGACCGGUUCUGGAGUAAACAUCUUCCAGGGUUUGGACUGCCGAAGCGUUACCGGUCCACCGGAUCCAACCGUUGGCGCCACGCCUCGAAGCCGUCGGAGAUGUUGGUGGCUCGAUGCGUCCAGCAUGGUCUGGGUCAACCGACGAUCAGGGGGCAAAGUAUAACCGUUGGUGGCGUUGAUUUCGAAGCCGAAACCAUCGAUGCCUCCGAGUGUGUCACGGAGCAACUCUGCCUGCUGGCCUUGAACCGUUUCGAGGAACUUCCCGAUGGGUUCCCGUUGACACCCGAACACGUGGAAACGCGCUCUCUUUAUCACCCAAAGAGGGCCGGUAUUGAGCAGGGCAAGGUUCAGCUGUGGGUCGAAGUCUACGAGCCCGGUCAACUUCACCCGCAACCGCUGGACAUCACACCGCAGCCGCCUCAGCCCCACGAACUUCGGGUCAUCGUUUGGAAUACGGCCGACGUGGUGUUGGACGAGCGUAACAUUUUCGGCACCGAAAUGAGCGAUAUCUACGUUAAAUGCUGGCUACAGGAGUUCAGCAAAGCUCAACACACCGACGUUCAUUACCGUUCGCUAACCGGCGAAGGGAACUUCAACUGGCGCAUGAUAUUUCCGUUUCGCUACUCCCCCGCUGACGGUAUGCUGGUGGUUCGUCGCAAAAAAGCCUUCUACGAGCAAUACGACACCGAACUCAAGUUUCCUCCAGUGCUAACGGUGCAGGUUUGGGAUAAUGACUCGUUCUCGGCGGACGAUUUUCUCGGGACGGUGGAUCUGAACCUCGCGCGUCUACCCCCGCCAGCGCCCACCGCCGAAAGGUGUAAGCUGGACAGAGGCCUAUCCUUGACCGGAACCGGAAGCAGGCACAGUUUAUUGAACCUCUUCCACCGGCGCCACGUUCGCGGAUGGUUUCCGGUGCAUGGCAACCAACACGUGGUGUCGAGUGGUGACAAAACCGGGAACCGCCAACGACGGAACACCCUUGCGUUGACGGGAAAAAUCGAGCUGGAGCUGGAGAUUCUCAGCAAAGAAGAUGCCACUCAGACACCGGUCGGCAGGGGUCGUGAAUCACCGCAACAUCUUCCCGAUCCGCUCCGACCGGAGGUUUCUUUCAACUGGCUGCAGCAACCGGCUAGAACGUUCAACAAACUCCUCUGGCCCCGGGUUCGCAGGUCGUUCGUGUGGGUAGGAGUCAUGCUGCUGCUAUGCUUGCUGGCCUACGGAUUGGUGGUGAACCUGCCGACGGUCUUCAUGAUGCGAACGCUCGACCAGCGGAAGUCAUCCACAGGUUGGAGUAGCGAGUCCAGGUCGUCGGUCUCGAAUGGAUAG